AUGGAGGCGCAAAAUCUGCAAGCAGCGUCGACAUAUGUCAACAACAUUUUAUUGGCGCGAGGGUUAUUAAAUGACGGAAAUGCGAUCGACUUCGCUCAACCUGAAAAUGAGGAGGGAGGAACAGAAGCUACAAUGGCUCGGGUCAUCAAUUUGGUGAAUGACCUAGUUUUGAGGAGAGACAGAGAAGCUGAGCACCGGGAGAAUUUGGCAACAACAAUUCGGGCCUUGCGCGCCACCGAGUCGGAGCAAACGCAAGAGAUUGGGAAAUUGAAAACUCGAACAUCCGAAUUAUCGCGAUCGCUAGCGUUGAGCGAGGCCCAAGAGCGUUCGCUACGCUCUAACAUGUCCGGCGCCGAUACGACAAUUCGUGGUCUCAAGGAGCAAGUACAGCGCAUGAAAACCACUGUUCAGCAAGUUCGCUCUCAAUGCGCCAAUGAUGUUCGCAAGCGCGAUCUUGAAUUACAGAAGUUGAAGUCACAUCUAUGCGAGAGACAACGAGGGAAGCGUGAGGGGUUGAGUGUUACUACUAUCAAUAUCAACCCCGGGUCAAGCCGAUCACGUUUGCGUUCCAGUGGUGGAGGUGACCGAGUUAACGAUCCAGGCUACAGCCUUCAACAAGAGACAACCGAUUUCUUAACCGAGCUUUGCCAGAAUCUCAGUGACGAGAAUGAUACGUUAAUCGAACUGGCGCGGAACACGGUUGAGACUUUGAAAGAGCUCCAAGGUCUUCCCGAGGCGGAUAACGGCGAUCAAGGCGAUGAAAUGGCUGGUUUGGCUACAAGCACUGGGCCACAGAAAACAGCCUCCAACGCGGUGACCACGCUUCCCACUUCAUGUGAGGAGCUCUCAACGCGAAUGGACACAGUACUGGAUCAUUUACGAACACUGCUCACGAACCCCUCAUUUGUUCCGCUAGAAGAGGUUGAAAUACGGGACGAGGAGAUUAUGCGCCUGCGUCAAAGUUGGGAGAAGAUGGAAAGCCGCUGGAAGCAAGCUGUGGCUAUGAUGGAUGGAUGGCAGCGUCGUCUCACGGAUGGCGGGGACUCGGUGCGGGUGGAGGAACUGAAACUGGGAAUGAACCUCGACCUAAGCAUCAACUCGAUCGAUGAUGUGAACAUGCAGGACCAAACAGGCAGUAAACCUAUCUCGCCAAUUCUUGAGGAUGAGCAAGAAGAAGAAAUGAGCUCUGUCGGAGACCAAGCACCGGAGCCUGAAGCCGAGAAGCCUUCAAUGCCUCGGUCUAAGGUGCGCAAAGUUUCCGAACGUGCAGAGCGGGCCCUGCAAGAACGAAGUGACAAUGCGGCGGCCAGGCCAAAACGCCUUCGGAAAGUCUCAUUCACACCCGGUCUGCAAGGGUCACCAUGCUUGCCUAGCGCCGAUGAGGAAACACUCCAGAUCAAGGCCCACAAGUCCGAUGCUGUGACCCGCCGCCCAUCACGCCGCAAGACUGACUCCAAGACAUCUGAGGACAACGGAACUGAAUCGAUGAGCGUCCAUCAGAAACUCGCCGCAGCUGAAACUGAAGCACGAGUAGCCGAGACUUCUCGGAAGGAGCGUGAGUCCCGCAAACGAAGCCGACCAGAUAAAGCAUCCAGCCGGUCUGGCAACCGCCGCCGGAGUACUCUGACCAGUGAUGAACUUGAUGAUCUUAUGGGAGUCCCUUCUCAAUAA